UUCCUUGAAAAACAGUAAAAAUGGCGUUCAUGCACAGAUUUCUGUGCUGGAACUUGCGUUCAGCGUCGAUUGUUUGUUUUAUAUUUGUUGCGAUUACAUCAUUUUUUGCACUUGUAAUGCGACUUGUUGAUUUGCUGGCUAUAGGGACAGAAUUCGAGAUAAGCCAGGGAUUUCACACGGCAUGGAGGUCACAUCAAUGGAGAGCGUUUCUUGCAAGUGACAUUGUGUUGACGUUUAAUCACGUCGUGAUAUGCUUCUUCAGUAUCUUCAUGUUGAUGCAAGUAACAUAUAGGCAUUUUGUGAUGUACAUGUUCUGGUUGAAAUGGUUUAUCAUUCUGUUUAUUGCCUAUAUCUUUAUCGAGUUCUGCUUCUCAGUAUUUGAAUAUGCAUACUAUGGCAUGAACACAUUCAGGUUGGCAUACGUUGUUUGGACAUGGUUGUAUUGGCUUGGCAGGACACUUUGCAAUAUGAUGUUUACAGUUAUCCUGAUUGCAAGGAAACAAGAAAUUCUUGAGGAAACAGAUCGCGAGUUGAGGUUUGCUGGUGAGAAGAAACGUCAUGGACUUGGAUACUACUAGGCAAUGAAUAAAACCAAACAAACAAAAGACUUAUCCAUGUAGCAAAAGAUUUUCGUUUUUAAUUGCUAUAAAUUGUGGAUACUAAAUGGUUGUGAAGAAAUUAAAAUGUAUAUAGUGUACCCUAGAUCAGUCUGUAAAUAAACUUUCAAUUCACAGAACAAUGCUGUUUUAAUUGCAUAUAAUUGGAUAAAAUUAAUAACAAUACUUUGUUACUUCUUUUUAAAUAUGCAGUUAUACUAGUAGUGAUCUGACUGCCAAUGUAUUCUUUAUUUUACAUGUAUAUAGAAAAAAAUGCAUUGACAAUUUUUGUUGAAUAGAAGUACCUCAUCUUUUGGGCUUUUCCAAAUGGUUGGGAUUUAGUCAUUGACAGAUCAGGAUAAUAAUUAACAUUGUGACAGAACCAAAAUAGAGAAGACAAAAACGGCAUCUGUCUACACAACUUCUUUUAAAAUUGAUGUCAGCAGAUAUUUUUUAACAGUUUUCAAAAAAUUACUCAUUAAAUAAUUUGGUUAGAAAAGUGACACAAACAUGUUAUAAGAAACGAAUUGAUAUACAUGUAAAAUGCUACCUUUAUUGAAGUUAAGGAAGAAAGAAGAUAGUGUCUUAAAAUGUUGUAUUGAAAAUUUUAUUUUUGUAAAUUGACUAAUGAAGUAUAUCUAGAAGUAAAGCUAGAUCUUACUACAUAUAUACAAGUAUUUUGUUGUAUUUAAUAUAACGGUAAUAUAUGUGCAUACAUUACUUUUCAAAUAUAGCAUGUAUUAUCAUAAUGUAUAAAUAUCAUUCCAUUUUCAUAGUAGUUUUAUACAGUAGAUUUACAUAUAUUUUUAUGUCAAAGUUUUAAACAUUCCAUAUUUUAUAAUCAGAAACCUGAUAAUUAUAGGUAAUGAAUGACAGAACACCACUAGGCUCUAAAAAAAGAUCAUGUCCUUGGUAUAUAAAACAAUAAUGCAAAUCUGGACUCUGUAUAUUUAUAUACUUUGUAAUAAAAUGACAUAUUGGUGUAAAGAAAGAGCUCAGAUACUAUUGAGGCUAAUUAUCCACGUGAUAAUUGAGAAAUUAUCAACUUAUGAUUAUAUUUGUAUUUGAUCAUUUAUACCUUUAAAGAAUUAGUUAUGGAACUUAAAACCCUUGGUUCAUUUCAUUUUGGGCUAUUUCUUAUUCAUCUUUUCCAAUAUAGAUCUAUCUUUUGUUUCAUUCUUUGUAUAUAUCAUUUUUAUAUGAAAUAAACCAUCAUAAUAUAAACUA